UGGCUGACCAAAAUUUAUUUGAGCUCUUGGUUGAUUUGAAAGGAAUGUAUAUUUCUUUCCGGAGGUUGUAUGAUACCUCGAGGGAGAGGUGGUAGCUCAGUGGAGUAACACCCCGAAUUCUAGGGUAUUGCCCAGGGUUCGAAUCCUCAUCCCAGCAAUAUGUUGGCAUUUAAUUCUGGACUAUCUAGCAGGGAUUGGUUUUCGGAUUACUUAUCUUUUCUAAUAAAAAAAAAAAUUGAGAGAGAUAAGAGAAUAGUGAAAAAAAAGAUGGACCCUUUCAAAAUUAAUCAAGUUGGUCAAGGGUAACGCGGGAGUUCUCUAUAGUGUUUAAUGUUGAGUUGGUAGGUCCUUUUUAAGGGACUAAAUGUUCAAUGCACAGCCAUAGUCCAAGGAAGCAGUUGGGGUCUCCAAAAGGCAAAAGUAUUUUUGCCAUGGUACAGGUGGUAGAGAAACAGAGACGGGCAUGAAACGGAAAACUACUAUAAUUUUUAUUAGAAGAGAUAAUUGGUUUGAAGACCAACCCCGACUAAUAGGCUACUGACCUACAUGCUCCAGGUUAGGGCCAACUCAGAAGCCGUAAUAUAGAACGGACGUCAGACUUGAACCAGGUUCAAGCUGACUGAGAAUUCCCUACAUAUUAACAUGAUAUUUUAGUAUUCCCCCCGUCCCAUUAUAUAGUACUUGUUUUUAUAUGGUCUCUAAGACGUUCCUUUGACUUUCAAUAUCUUCAAUUUUGUAUUAAUUAAAAAUUGUAAACAGUUGAUAUUAUGAAAGUACACAUUGAGAAGAAUCUAACAAGAUAUCAUAUGAGUAUGUUUUAUGUAUAUAUUAAUGAGAAUAUUUACUAAAAGAUUUUAAAGUUUGACUAUAAAAAAUAAAACAAGCAUCAUAUUAUGAGAACAAGGGAGUAUUAGUUUUUUUUUUUUUUUCUCUUUACACUGAUUAUUAAUAGAAGUAACUGGGUAGUUAAACGCAAGAGUAAUCUAUCCCGGCAAAAGUAAAGAGAAAAGUAAAGCCCAUGCAAGCUAGAAGUUUCUGAAGAACAAGUCUAAUGCAGGUUCUCAUGUUUGACAUUACUUGUGAAUGAAAGUUUUUACCUACCAUUAGUAAAUUAUACUAUAUGGUAUUAUGGUUAGUCUAGCUAUAUAUAUCCCUUGUAAGACUUCAAAUCUUAGCGUUAUAAGCGUGUAAUACUUCAAACAUGAACUUUUCUUGGCUUCUCUUCCUCUCCUUACUGGUUGCAGCCACAGUACCUGGCGUUAAGGCAGCCUUGGUAACACCCACCAACAUGUUCACAGCUGCAAACACCACCAGACCUGGUUGUCAGCGUAAAUGUGGCGACUUAACCAUACCUUACCCCUUUGGUAUUGGUCCUAAUUGCUCCCUUGAUCGCGGCUGGCUAACUGUCAUAUGUAACACCUCCUAUAACCCUCCAAGAGCUUUCCCAAUGAUUGGCCUUGGGUUUUCAGAAAACCCUGAAAUCUUGAAUAUAACCGAACAUCAAAUAAUGAUCCGGAAUUCUCAGAUAGCAUCUAAGUGCUACGAUCUCCAGGGGAAUGAGGUUUCAGGAAAUCAAGGGAACUUUGAUAUAUAUGAUUCGCCCUUUACUUACGCAACAACAAACAGGCUCACGGUUGUUGGGUGUAAUGAUUAUGCACUCAUUUCUGCUUCAGCAGGGACUCUGUCAACUGGGAAUCAAUUCAAUUUUAGAGCUGGUUGUCUAGCCUUGUGUUCCAACCCAGAUGAGGUGAUCCAAGGAUCUUGUUCGGGUUUAGGUUGUUGCCAGACAUCUUUCCCAGUAGGCUUACAAUCAUUCACAGUUACUCUUUCGAGCUUGCAGAAUCGCACUAUUGGUGGAGUCUCAGCUGUUCAACCUUGUGGCUAUGCUUUUUUUGCUGGUGAAGACAGCUUCAGAUUUCAUGGAGCCUCGGAUUUGAGUGGCACAGUGGUAAACAGAACGAUACAGCAAGUACCUCUUGUGCUUGAUUGGUCUGUUGGAGUUACUCCUAGCACUAGGCUCACGUGUGAUCAGGCAAAAAGAAAUUCUACGACAUAUUAUUGUCAGUCGAAUACAGAGUGUAUUGAUUCUGAUGCAGGAGGAUACCGCUGCAACUGCCUCUCAGGAUACGAGGGUAAUCCCUAUCUUGAGCCAGGCUGCACAGAUGUUGAUGAGUGCGCUGCUGGUUCGAAUAGUCCAUGUGCCAUGGCUUGUCGUAACACACCAGGGAGUUACCAGUGCUAUUGCCCGAGUGGAUAUGUUGGAGAUGGAUUAAAAAAUGGGACAGGAGGCUGCAUGAGGAUUUCUGAUAAUAGUUCAUCAACACUCAAGAAAAUCAUUCUUGGACUAGGCAUCUCCUUGGGAUCAAUGCUUCUGCUCUUUGGUGUGUGGUCUUUGUAUUUUUUUAUCCAAAGAAGAAAGAUUGUUAAGCAGAAGGCUAGAUACUUCGAGCGAAAUGGUGGCUUAUUGUUGCAACAACAAAUGUCUUCUGAUGAAAGUGUUGUGGCAAGGAUGAAAAUCUUUACUUCAGAAGAGUUAGAAAGAGCCACUGACAACUUCAAUAUAGAUAGAAUACUUGGGCAAGGUGGUCAAGGUACAGUUUACAAAGGUAUGUUGAGUGAAGGAAGGAUUGUUGCCAUAAAGAAGUCGAAAUUGGUGGAUGAGAGUCAGUUAAAUGAAUUCAUUAACGAAGUAGUUAUCUUAUCACAAAUCAAUCAUCGGAAUAUAGUUAAAUUAUUGGGAUGUUGUUUGGAAACUGAAGUUCCAUUACUAGUUUAUGAGUUUAUCCUUAAUGGAACACUUUUCCAUCAUAUUCAUCACCCAAGUGAAGAGUUUCCUAUUACCUGGAGAAUGCGUUUGCAAAUUGCUUCUGAUUCAGCCGGAGCACUUGCAUACUUGCACUCAUCGUCUUCUACUCCUAUCCUUCAUCGGGACAUCAAAUCCUCCAACAUACUUUUAGAUGACAAGUACAGAGCAAAGGUGUCAGAUUUUGGGACUUCGAGAUCAAUUGCUCUAGAUCAAACCCAUGUAACUACUCGAGUUGUGGGAACAUUUGGUUAUUUAGAUCCCGAGUACUUUCAAACAAGUCAGUUUACUGAGAAGAGUGAUGUUUACAGUUUUGGAGUGGUACUUGUCGAACUUCUAACAGGACAAAAGGCAGUACGUGCUGCAUUUGAAGAAGAAAGAAGUUUAACUUCAUGGUUUCUUUCCCAUAUGGAAACUUCUCGUUUGCUAGAUAUCAUAGAUAAUCAACUCCUACAAGAGGGUUCAGAGAAAGAGUUUCUCAGGAUUGCUAAUCUUGCAAAGCGGUGUCUAAACUUGGAUGGAAAGACUAGACCCGCGAUGAAGGAGGUUUUGAUAGAUAUAGAAGCAGUACUGUCACUUCAUCUACCUCAACAGAACUGGCCAGAAACUAACAAAGUGUUAACUGGUGCACCAAGAAAUGUAUCUGAUGAUUUUUCUACCACAAUUUAUUUGGAAAAUGUCUCUGCAAGUUCUGCUGAAUUGUCUUUGUUAUUUAAUCCUAGAUGAUGCAAUGUAUGUCCAAGGGAUUGGUUUUAUACUUUAUCAAUAGUGUAUCACUCUGUACAUGGUUGAUCAAUUUCCCCUUUCAUUUAUGGUAAUUUGCAGAAUUCAUUGGGUUUAUUACGAAA